AUGGCGGGUCAACCGGUGACCAGAGCAAAUCUUGUGGGAAUUAUCAUGGUUUUUACUGUGACUCUAACUGCUUUGACUAAACAGAUGCCGAAUUUAGAAAAUCAGGUGAACAAUACCAACAACAACGUGGAAACAAUCGUGAUUAAGAUUCGAGUACUGAAGAAGAAGAACCAUACAAAGAAGAUGUUGAUUGUGAUCGACGUCUGCAGGUGCUUCAACGUUACGAGCGUCCCUGAGAAUAAGCAAGUUAAGAUGGUGGCGAUCAGGAUGAAGGUACUAUUGUUGUCUGGUGGGAUAACCUUGUUGUUCAGAGGAAGAGGCAAAGAAAAGGGUCAAUCAGAUCUUGGCGAAGAAUGA